AUGAAAUUAAUAUUAUUAUUUUUUAGUUUAUUUGUACUAAUUAAAGGUCAAAUAUUACCAAAUGAUCAAUUAAAAGCUGCUAAAGAAUUAAUUUCAACUCUAUAUGGUGUAACUACAGAUGAUGUAUGCAAUUUUAAUGGUUUUUCAUGCACCCAAUUAGACUCCAAUAGUGAUUUGGCAACAGUUAUAUCUCUUCAGCUGCAAUCCAAGAAAUCAUUAGAUGGACGUGGCUAUUCAUCAGAUAGAAAAACAAUUAACAACGAUUUAACAAUUUUCAAAGAUUUGCAAUAUAUAGAAUUGUUCGAUGUCGAAAUUAGUUCCAAUUUUUUUUACAAUUUAUAUAAAUUAACCAAAUUAAAUAUAAUUCACAUAGAUUAUCAUUUAUUGCCAUUAACCAAAGAAUUUAAAUUACCAGAGAGUUUAACUUUUAUCAGUAUCAAAUAUUUUGGGGGAAAGGUUGCAAGCAGUUUCUUUAAUAGCAAUUUAAAUACAUUAGAUAUUAAGAACUCUUUGAAAGGAUUUGAUGUAACAAAUGGAUCCGAUAUUGUUAUUAAUAAUAAACUAACAGCAUUAUCAUUACCCAUUGUUUCAAGUAAUACCCAAGCAUUAUUUGAUUCAUUAGGGGCAAAGUUAAAAAAUAUUUAUCGUAUUAUAUUAAUUUUAGAUGAAUCUACCACCAAAACUAAAAAAAAUAUUCAAAUCCCCACAUUCAAGCCUAGUUCAUUUUCGUCAUUAAAAUUAUUAAAUAUUUACUUUCAAACUGGUUCAUUAGAAAAACCAAAUUUCCCAUACACAAUUAACAAUUUAGUUGGUUUAAAUCAAAUUAUAUUUAAUUCAAAUCAAUAUACAAUGGACGUCUCAAAACCUUUUAUUGAUUUUACCAAAAUUAACCCAAGUUUAUUUUUCCGAGCAACAUUUAAAUGUGAAUAUUUAUCAAGCUGUAAAAAAAAACCCUGCAUUAAAUUUCCAAAGAAAACUAUAGUUUCAGUUCAAGAUUGCCAAGGCUUUGAUAAAUCAUAUGUCGAGGUUUCCCAUAUUAUGAAUAAAUUAUACACUGUAUAGUUUGUAGUUAGUUAUAUAUUUGUUUAUUUAUAACUAUAUAAAUAUAUAAAAAUAUUAAUAAAAUAGAAAAAAAAAAAGAUUAAAUAAAAAAAGAAAAGAGAUAAAGGUUAUUUUUUUUU